ACACGUCAUCACAUGUUAGUGUGUUGCGUCAUCAGAACAGGUUGUUAACGUCAGUCUCCGGCGCCGUUGUUGAUGUUAGGAAUGCUAAGCUAACGGGCUUCACUCAAUUGUUUUGUCUGAUUCGUUCGUGUUGCAGAUAUACGGGAUGCAUUUUAGGAUUUGAGGCAUUGCCACCGAAUUUUUAUACACAGUAUCUUUAGUUUAGGUUUAAAGAGGAGAGGAACAAGAGAGGAGGGAGCCUAAUGCAGUCUGCUGCAGAGACUGUGGAGAAUGCCUCCAUCCUGUCAGGUGGCUCGGCACAGGACGGUCAUCGGCUCUGGAUCGGCAACAUUGACCCCAAAAUCACAGAGUACCACCUAGUGAAGCUCCUGGAGAAGUUUGGCAAAGUGCAGCAGUUUGACUUCCUGUUCCACAAGUCCGGUCCGCUGGAGGGCCAGCCGAGAGGAUACUGCUUUGUCAACUUCCACACCAAAGAGGAGGCUGAACGGGCUAUUCAGUGUCUGAAUGGAAAACUGGCACUUUCUAAGAAGUUAGUGGUGCGUUGGGCUCAUGCUCAGAAGUUUGAACCCUUCAGAGGGGACAAAAAUCUGCCUGCCAGUUUAGAGCCUUCAUCCAGGGAAGCAGGCGAGCUGCCAACCACAUUGAGCGUUAAUGCAAAGAUCCGUGCCAUCGAAGCCAAGCUGCAGAUGAUGGAAGAAAACCCAGAUGACCAUACCAGCCCAUCUGCAUACAUCUACAACAAACCCCCUGAAAAGAGAGACAAAAGGUCCCAGCCCUACCACAAGCCAUUCCGCAGAUUCAGGAGAUGACCUCUCCAACAACUGGCCAAGUGUCUCUGCAGUGAGCGCACUGUGAGAUGUGCUCUUGAUAAGCUCUCUUGUCUCUUGGCCAGUGUGAGACUGUAAUGUAUUAUGAGACAAGUGCCCAAGACCUUCGAUUGCUAGUGCUGUUCUGUUUUUCAGCCAGCGGAGGAGACAUUUUACUGUGAAAGUCAGCUAAUGUAAGCAAAACGUAACCACAAAAUUCUAGUGAAUUUAGUUUUUCCUUUUUCGAGUGUUGCUGUAACCCAAUUAAUUUCAGUUCUUCAGGUUUUAAAGGGAUAGUUCAGUCGAAGGAUGACAGUUCUUUCAUAAUUUACUCGCCGUCAGAGGAUAUUUUGAUAAAUGUCUGUCGUUGUUGUUGUUUUUUAGUCGAGUCAGUGAGGUGCAAUGCUAUUUGAACCCUAAAAUAUCUCCUUUCGUGCUUUACAGAAGAAACAAGAGUAAGGGUUCAGAAAACAUGAAGGUUCUUAAAUCAGGACAGAAAUGUCACUAUCUUUUUAAGAGUUGUGCACCUUUUCAAAAUCUCCAUUUAAAUCCUUUUCUAGAUAUCCUUUGUCAAUAGAUCUCACAUGGAUUUGUAUUCACUUGUAAACUGCCCAAUAUGCUGCUUGUGAAAGUGGUGUUUUGUGUUGUAAAUCUUAUGAUCCUUAAUCUACAUUCUGCUCCGAAUUUCCCAUUCUUUGAUACACUGUUGGACGUGUAAAGGAAGCACAAUAUUAUGCAUUGUUUAUUUAAAUGUUAAUAUCUUGCCUUUUAAGUCUUAAGUGAAAAGGGCUUUUACAAUAUGAUCUGAAGAUGGGGCAUCACGACGGCUGAUGUCAUGAGCAGUUUCGAUCAAGUGUAAAUAUCCAGGUAUUUUGAUAGAUUUUGCUCCUAUCGUGUCCAAAAUUAAAUGAAACGGUCCUCCUGUGAGGUGUCCAAA